CUAAAGUCAAGUGUUUUUGUUUGGGGGAGAACAGAGUUUGAGGUUAACCCAACAUGUAGCUUUAGCCACUUUAAGGAGAUGAUAGCUAAAGAUUGAGUGCAGAGAAGAAGCGACCUGUUUUAGUAAAAACUCAGAGAGAUGUCUAAUAACAUGGACCCGGGGGAUGAGCAAGAGAAAAAGGAUCUGGUUGUUGUGGAGGAUGAGAAGGAAGGUGACGACUCUGAAACCACAUGGAGCGAAGAACUGCGGCUGGUCCUCAUCGGAAAGACUGGAUGUGGCAAGAGCGCAUCUGGAAACACCAUCCUGGGCCGAAGGCAGUUCCUGUCACAGAUCAGUGCUAGCUCUGUCACGCAGGUUUGUGAGCUUGGGAGCACCGUGCUCCCUGAAGAGGAGGAGGAUGCUGAGCAGGACGGCCAGGCUGUCACGCAGAGGAGGAUGAAGAGAGUCAUGGUGGUUGACAUGCCAGGUUUUGGGGACACUCACCUCAGUGUGGAGCAGAUUCAUGCAGAGAUAGCCAAGUGUGUCUCUCUCUCUGCCCCUGGCCCACAUGCUUUCCUCUUGGUGGUGCCCAUAGGACGAUAUACAGACAAUGAGAACCAGGCCGUUUGUGAGAUGACGAAGAUCUUUGGGGUGGAUGCAGUCUGCCACCACACAAUGGUUCUUUUUACCAGAGGCGAUGAGCUGGAGGGCAUAGAGAUCGAAGAGUACCUGAGGAAGACUGCACCUGCUGGGCUCAAGGCUCUGAUUGACAGGUGUGGGGGCAGGUACCAUGUUCUCAACAACAGAGACCCCAGUAACUUGGCACAAGUUAAAGAACUCUUGAUGAAGGUGGACAAGAUGGUGAAGCAGAGUAACAGAGGGUUUUACACUAAUGCCAUGUUUUUAGAGGCUGAGACUGCCAUCAGGGAGGAGCAGAAAAGGAUGUUGAGGGAGCGAGGGGAAGCAGAGGGGGAGGAACAUGGUGGAAACAACGGCAACACGGAGGAAACUAAACUUGCAAAACGAAGAAAGUGCGAUCUUAAGUCUGACAGAGCAGAAAGCAGUGAAAGAGGAUCACAGGGGCUCAGCCGGAGGGAGUUGGAAAGAGGAAAUGAAGAGGAUUUCAGGGUGGAAAGAUGGACAGAGGAGUGCAGAGGGAAUGCAUUCAGCCUCCUUAGGGACAGAGUUGAACAAUGUAGGGGCCAGUUCAGAGGCAGGCAUAAGGGCUGCAGCAGGGCCGUCAGCAGGCGACAGACUCUCCGUUCAUCCUUGUCUCGCAUGAGAAAGGAGGCAGCGCUCUCUGCUAAGGUGCUGGACAGAGUUAAGAUCCUGGUAGCUGCUGGAACCACAGGGAUGGCGGUUGGGGCAAUGUUUGGAGUGGCUGCCCCUUUAGCAGCUGCAGCUGGGGCGUCUCUUGUGGGAAACUCGGUGGGUUUUGCUGCAGGUCAGUUAGCUGGGAUGUCUGUAGUGGGUGGUACGGGUGUCGGGAAAGCUGUGGGGGCCAUAGUAGCAGCAGCUUCCGGGAAAACUGCAGUGGCUCUGGGAGCAGCAACAGGUGGAGUUAUGGGUGGUUCUGUGGGAGCCAUUGUUGGUUCUGUGGCUGCCAGUCCUAGGGAGGGUGCUCUGGAUGCCCUUGGGCAGGUUAGCGUCAUUGGGGCUUCUACUGUGGGGAUGGCUGCAGGAGUCGGGGGCACCUUGGGAGCUGGGGCUGCUUUAGGCGCAGUUCUGGAGGGAGCAGCUUUCAGCACAGCAGCCCUCAGUGGAGCUGAAACUGCAGCAGUAGGAGCAGCAGGUGUAGCCAAUGCUUCUAUAGCUCAGGGGAGUUUAGCUUCAGCAGCAGGGCAGCAUGCAGUGGCCACUGUAGCUGCAGGUUCUGGGACAUCUCAGUGUGCUGCAGCUGGGGCUGCCUUAGCUCAGGAGAUGGCUGUGAACGUCCCAGUGGCAGCUGGGUCUGCUGGUGCUGUAUGUGGGUUAACAGCACCGACUGUGGCCAGCAGGGUCGUUUCAGAUCCCUGGGGCACCGUUGCGGUAACGACACGCAUCCUGUCUGCAGUGGCUGAGAUAGGGAAAGCUGCAGCAGGCAUUGCCUUGGCUGGUGGUCUGGUAGUGAGAGUGGUAAAGGAAAAAGUCAGGAGUGGCACAGGAGCAACAGAAACAAGUUACUCAGAGAAGAAGUCUUAUGAGGUCCACUGGAACAAAUGAAUACAGGCUAAGACUGGAGCUGUAAUCCAGUGAAUGAGAUCAUAUUCACAUUUUCUCCUGCCCUCGAUGAAAUCCUACACUCCACAGUAGCUUCCCUCAGUGUCUACUAUGUCAUUAUAAACCACCUCAAAUAUGUAGAACCAGUAGCUGGAGCAGUGUAAUACAAAACAAUAUUAAAUACAUGAUCAAGGAAUCACAAAUUCUUUGAGAUAAAGCAGAAAUUCUACUAGUGAAUGUUGGUUAAAACUGAGGCUGGCGACUGAGUUCAGUAACAUUUGCAGUGCUGUGUGGAAUGACCAGUAACGGAUAUUAGGUACACAGUCUUGUGAUACCUUUGCUUUAUUUCUUUUUUCCAAACGCUAAAUUGAUUGUUAUAAGGUUGUGACUCAAGUGGUUGGUUUGGAAUCAGACUGAAAGUCUUCAUACCCAUUUUUGUAAAAGAAAGAAAAGAAAAGAGACAUUUACUUAAGGAAACAGGACUAUGGAAAAUGUGUGAGCUCAUUUGAAUGAAUGAAUGACUUGAAUUUCAUAAACACAAAUGUUUUUUUUUUUGCCUUUUUAAAGAAGCACAGUACUAAAGCAUAAUAUUAGAGUGUUUGUGGGUGUGAGAUGAAUGUGUUCAUGUAAUUAAACUUACUUUUUACAGUAAUGAGCAUUGAAAAUGGACAAAAGGACUGAAGUAGUAAAAAGAAUUAUAAAUCCUAACGGGUGACAGCAGGUGGCUGUAUUUCAACGUUUCACAUCCUGUAGUAUGUAAACCUGAGUUUUGCAGUUACGUAUUAACACUGCUUUUGACCUACCACACUGUUUUCAACUGCCGUUAAUGUAUCAGCAGUUCACUAGUGUGUCAACCUUUGCUGCAGUGAAGUGAACAAUAAAGAUAAUAUUCUACCAC